UGCACAUUAACCUUGUUCCUCUCGAUGCAAUUUGUUCCCGAUCUAGUUAAUGGCAUACACUUUUCUGUGGGAAGCAGCCUUGUUAAUUUUGCAUAUUUUUGCUAAUAUUCAUACAUAAAUAUUUAAUCGUUUUGCAAUAUGUGGAGCUGGAACUGUACAGCGUUCGUAGUUUUGGUAAUGUGCACCUCUGUGUGGGGACAAAGAUGCGACACGACCAGAUUGUCCCCCAACCCGGCUAACUGUUCGACCUUCAUUCAAUGUGAUAAUGGUCAACAGGUCAUCCGGCCUUGCCCCACCGGUCUGCAUUUUAACGUAGCUCAGCAGAUUUGCGACUGGCCGUAUAACGUGCAAUGCGGGUAUAAUCCGCCCCCACCGGCUCCAGACAUUAAGUGCUACUCGUGCAUCCAUAUUGAUCCACCCCACUCAAACAUGUCAUCCCCUGGGUGUGAUAAGUCCCCCAUCCCGCCAAGUUAUUUGCGGACGGAUUGCUUCGGAUUUGGCGACAUUAAUGUGGCUGCCAGUGUCCGACACACCAUGAACGCUACGACGGCCCGAAAUACUGGAAACGUGACGUGCGUAACGUACCGCGGGAGAUCCGAACUUGGCGGGAGUCUUGUCAUCUUACGAGGAUGUGAAAACGCCCCCUCUGACCUGGGGAAUUUUAAGGGGAAGAAGUGCUUCAGUGGGCGACAAUAUGAUUUUCUCCUACCAAAAGUGGGAUUUGUUCGAACCGUGGAGAAAUGUUACUGCACUGGAAACGGGUGCAAUGGCGGGGACCACGUGGUAAAUAAGGCGAUUGGGUUUAUCGGGAUGUUGCUAAUUUGUGGAGUUGUCAAAAUGUUUGGCGGAAUUGUGUGACCAGAGUAAUGCAUAAAUAAGUUGGUUGCUAUGUAUGUAUAACAAUUCUGGUGAAAUAAAAAUAAUAAGAGGUUUCAAAAAGA